AUGUGGCUGCCACGCGUCUCCAGCACAGCUGUGACUGUGCUCCUGCUGACGCAGUCGGUCCUCCUGAUCUUCCUGGUCUCCCGGCCUAUAUGGCCUGAACCACCAUCCCCAGCAGACAGCCAGGAGCGCGUACACGUGCUGGUCCUGUCCUCGUGGCGCUCGGGCUCGUCCUUGGUGGGCCAACUCUUUAGCCAGCACCCCGACGUCUUCUACCUGAUGGAGCCUGGCUGGCACGUGUGGACCGCCCUAUCGCAGGGUAGCGCUCCAGCGCUGCACAUGGCUGUGCGGGACUUGGUGCGCUCCAUCUUCCUGUGUGACAUGGCCGUGUUUGAUGCUUACCUACCGUGGCGCCGUAACCUGUCGGACCUCUUCCAGUGGUCUGUGAGCCGGGCGCUGUGUUCACCACCUGCUUGCAGCGCCUUCCCCAGUGGCGCCAUCAGCAGCGAGUUCGUGUGCAAACCGCUGUGUGCGCGGCAGCCUUUUGCCCAGGUGGAGGAGGCCUGCCGCUCCUACAGCCAUGUGGUGCUCAAGGAGGUGCGCUUCUUCAACCUGCAGGUGCUCUACCCACUGCUCCGGGAUCCCGCGCUCAACCUGCAUAUAGUGCACCUGGUGCGCGACCCUCGGGCCGUGCUGCGCUCACGUGAACGAGCGGCCAAGGCGCUGGCACGUGACAAUGGCAUCGUGCUGGGCACCAAUGGCAAGUGGGUUGAGGACGAUCCAGACCUGAGCGUGAUGCGCGAGGUGUGCCGCAGUCACGUGCGCAUUGCCGAGGCCGCCACGCUCAAGCCGAAGCCCUUCCUGAGGGACCGCUACCGCCUGGUACGCUUUGAGGACCUGGCACGGGCGCCUCUCUCGGAGAUCCGUGCGCUCUAUGCUUUCGCCGGUCUGCCCUUAACGCCGCAGCUCGAGACCUGGAUCCACAAUCUCACACACGGUGCCGGGCCCAGUGUGCUGCAAGAGGCCUUCAAGACCACAUCCAGGGACGCUCUCAACGUCACGCAGGCCUGGCGCCAAGUGCUGCCCUUCUCCAAGAUCCGCCGCGUGCAGGAACUGUGCGCUGGUGCACUGGAGCUGCUGGGCUACCGGCCUGUCACCACCGAGGACGAGCAGCAUGACCUCUCCCUGGACUUGGUCCUGCCACGCGGCCAGAGCAGCUUCAGCUGGACGUAGGCCACAGCUGCCCUGAGCACUCCAGGCCUUAGCUGGGACUGUCAGUUCCUGGAGGCACGUGUGGGUGGGAGGGGCCUGAGGGCGGAUCCACUCUUACCGUAG